AUGCAGACAUCAAUUCCCUCAGUCCCUCAAGGACCACCUCAGCAUGUUUAUCACCGCCAUCAUCAUGUCCAUCUUACGUCUUCAGCCACUCAGCCUGCCGUUACUACAGCCUCACUUUCAGCUCCUGGCCAAGUUUCGACCUCCAUUCCCUGCUUUGUUUCACAACCUGGGCAGCUCAACUCCAAUUUCCAAAACUCUAGCCUGAUUCAACCGAGUGCACCCUUUGCCCUUGCGUCAGGCCACAAUCAGUUAGCUUCGACUACUCCAUCUCAAUCAAGCUUCGGCGGCGUACAACAGCUUCUACAUGGGGAUAUUUCGAGUCUCGCUCAACAAAGCCUUAGACAAGCAAGUGGUCUUGUUUAUUACCUUAAAUGA